ACGCACGGCACGCACGGCAAGCGCGGGGCUCGCGGAGAAACGCGGGCGCCGCGCCGCGGAGGGCCGGAUCGUGGAGGACGGUGGCCGCACUAGGUCAAACUAGACAGCCGGAAGCCGGGCACCGGGGCCGGGCUGAGGGGCGGGGCCUGCAGAUCAGGCGGUGGAGCCUAGUCUCCUUGGCAACCGGGAGGAGUGGUUGGAGGGGUGUGUUCAGGACUGCGGAGCACCUUGGGGGCGGGGCCUUCCUGGAGGGGGGCGGAGCCGAGAGGCCUUGGCAACCGAACAGGGCCAGAGGCAUGCUUGAAGAACGCGGAAAUUUCGGGACGGCGAGAAGACGGGUCUCCUUGACAACGACUUUCCGAGGUGAAGCCAGGCUUGGAUGCAGGGAGACCAGCGAACGUAGGAGCUGUGUGCGGAGGAGACUCUUCUUGGUAACCUGGGCGGGGCGGGGCCUCGCGGAAGCUUCGGCGAGCGAGGGUCUGCCCGGCUGUCUCCUUGGCAACCUGGGGAUCUCAGGUUGCCCAGGCUAGUCUGAAGUUCCCUCUGUCGCUGAGAAUGACCUUGACCUCCUUGACCUGCCGGCAAGGUGGAGUGGCAGGUGUGCACCAACAUGCCUUCUGCAUGCUGGCCGAGCCCUCUACCCCCGACCAAGCUACUGAUGACUCUAGUCUGACUCACUCUGAACUCACAGCAAUCCUCCUGCUUCAGCUAGAAUGAGAGGCGGUGUCUGCUGGCUCCAGCAGGGCAGAGAGGCCACCUGCAGUCUGGUGUUGAAGACCGACGUCAGCCGAGAGGAGUGCUGUGCCUCCAGCAACAUCCACACAGCCUGGUCCAACUUCACUCACCCGGGCAACAAAAUCAGCCUGCUGGGCUUCCUGGGCCUCGUCCACUGCCUCCCCUGCAAAGAUUCCUGCGACGGAGUGGAGUGCGGCCCCGGCAAGGCGUGCCGCAUGGUGGGGGGCCGUCCACACUGCGAGUGCGCACCCGACUGCCAGGGGCUUCCCGCGGGCUUGCAGGUCUGCGGCUCCGAUGGCGCCACCUACCGGGACGAGUGCGAGCUGCGCGCCGCGCGCUGCCGCGGACACCCUGACCUGCGCGUCAUGUACCGGGGCCGCUGCCAAAAGUCCUGCGCUCACGUGGUGUGCCCGCGCCCCCAGUCGUGCCUUGUGGACCAGACUGGCAGCGCGCACUGCGUGGUGUGUCGCGCUGCGCCCUGUCCGGUGCCUUCCAGCCCCGGCCAGGAACUCUGUGGCAACAACAACGUCACCUAUAUCUCCUCCUGUCACCUGCGCCAGGCCACCUGCUUCCUUGGCCGCUCCAUUGGGGUUCGCCACCCGGGCAUCUGCACAGGUGCCCCCAAAGUACCGCCAGAAGAGGAAGAGAACUUCCUGUGAGCUGCAGCAGCUGGUGUUUGAGGCCGUCCCAAUUUUAUUUAUUGUCGCAGAAAAGAUUCUAAUUUAUGUCACGUGGACGUCCCCCAAACCUGGCCUGGAACCACUUGUGGAUCCCCUAGGAUCCUGAGCACGUAUCACAAAGGACUGAAGGGAGAUGUUAUAAGAGUUGGUAUGUGCCAUCACCAGGUACUGGGAUCGAGUUAGGACCCCAGAGGCCUGCUGCCCAGGGAGGGCAGCUUCAUGGAGACCCUGCCUUGAUAUCUCCGCCUGCUUUCUAGGCUGGAGCUGAGUCUCAGGGCACAGUCAUUGGUAGCUGUGUCCUCCUCAACUGCUGUUCACACGGGGCCUCCCGGCCUCAGAUCGGGGGGCAGUCAGCCCAGAAACACUGGGUUCCUCCCUGUUUACUCCACUUAGAGUGGGACCCGGUGGGAACCUGGCUGACUGCGUAGUCUGUGGACACCAGAACUCACUGUGGCCAGAGUCACCCGAGUGCCUACUGUCCUGUCCUGGGGACACCAGAAUCAGCUUUUACCCAGGUCCCAGCCAGCCGCAUUCAUCACCAAGCCCCGCAACAGGUGGUGACAUCAGCCAGGUGCUGUUUGGGGCAUGACCCUUCACUCUGACAGCUGCCACUCAAAAUUACCCACAUGUGCCUUGAAGGAGACCAAAAAGAAUGGGGAGCUGGUGCUCAGUGGUUAGAGUGCUUUCCCAGCAUGCACAAAGCCCUGGGCUUCAUCUCCAGCACCACAUGAACAAACAUGUCAGCACACACCUGCCAUCCCAGCACACAGGAGGGUCAGGAGUUCAAGGCCAGCCUGGGUUACCUGAGACCUUAUCUCUAAAAAACCUUAAAAAGAAAGACAAAAUGUCAGCUCACAAACAGAGGCCCGUAGGAGGGUGCACAGCCCCCCAUUUGGGGGCAAAGAGUCCCAGGUCUUCUCUAUCCCCCAGUCCUUGGCUGUGCCUUUCUUCAGUGUCCCCAAAAGUGUCCUUAGCCGGCAGCCUGGGCAGCCUCUUCCACCCUGGGGUUCUGCCUCACCAAAGAAAUAAAGACGACGGUAAAAACCACCAUGGU